AUUAAAUAGUAAAAUGGUAUAUACUUCCCUGUUAAAUAUAAUUUUACACAUUAAACAGGAAUAGCAUAUAUACAAAAUGGUCACAAUUACUGGUUUUAAAAAUGCGACGUUUCAAGAUGAAGAGAGCCAGCGUGUACAUGAGACGGAAAUUAGUGGCGAAAUUUUAAUCGACACCUCGUGGAUAGCAGAGCACUAUGACGAUAAACAAAGGACGGAAUAUAAGAACGUAGUAUUGGAACUAGAAAAAGAGAUAAAAGCUCUGUUCAACAACAACACGAAUUCAAGAUAUAAUUUACUAUCUGUUAGUGGGACUGACUUAAGGCCCAGGGAAGGAUCUGUUUUAUUUUCAUUUGAUUUAGUGUUUAGUGAUGAAUAUAUUAAUGGUAAUGAAUUACAACAUGUCUUGCAACAGAAAGUUCUAAGCCAUAAAAAGACUGAAGGAACAACGCUGCCUUGGUUAAGGAGAGCAUUUACGCAUUCUAUUAAAAUUGGUGACAAAAAAGCAUUAGGGGGAAAAACAGGAUUGCAAAAAAUACAGAAUCUGGGCAUCUUUCUUCUAAUCAUACUUCUAUUAGCUAUAUGCAUUGCCCUUGUUGUGGAGAUAUCAAAAGUUGACCAUAAUCUGCCAAGUGAAAACAAGACAGGUCCAAAACCUACUACGAAUGGCUAUACAAAAGAACAAGAAACGACUGUAGCACGUACCACAACAACAAAACAAGAAACGCAAACAAGAAAAAUAACUACUGAUGAGGUAACAACAAUGGCGGGAACUCAAACGUCAACAACAAUGACGGAACACGAAACGACAAAAAUAACGAUGACAGAAAAUGAUACAACAGGAACAGUGAUUGAGCAGAAUACGACAACAACUAUAGACGAGAAAACAACGAUAGCGAAAGUUAAUGCGACAACAACGACGAUGGAACAGGAAACAAUAACAACAGAUCAGGCAACACCGACGGCGGAACUUGAAAAGACAACAACAGCGAUGUAUAACGGGACGACAACAACAAUGAUGGAUGAGGGAACGACGAUAACAAUGAUGGAUAAGGGAACGACAACAGCAAUGAUGGAUAAGGGUACGACAACAACAAUCAUGACCCAGGGAACGACAACACCAAUGAUGAAUAAGGGAACAUCAACAACAAUGAGCCCUAAGGGAACGACAACAAACAUGAUGGCUGAGGGAAAGACAACAACAAUGAUAAAUGAUAAUACAACAACAAUAAUGGCUGAGGGAACAGCAGCAACAAUGAUGGCUGAGGGAAAGACAACAACAAUGACGGCUGAAGGAACGACAACAACAAUGAUGGAUGAGGGAACGACAACACCAAUGAUGGCUGAGGGAACGACAACAACAAUGAUGGCUGAGGGAACGACAACAACAAUAAUGGCCGAAGGAAAUACAACAAUGAUGGCUGAGGGAACGACAACAAUGAAGAUGAAUAAGGGAACGACAACAGCAAUGAUGGCCGAGGGAACGAAAACAACAAUGAUGGCUGAGGGAACGACAAUAACAAUGAUGACUGAAGGAACGACAACAACAAUGAUGGCUGGGAGAACGACAACAACAAUGAUGACUGAGGGAACGACAACAAUGAUGAUGGAUGAGAGAACGCCAUCAACCAUGAUGGAUAAGGGCACGACUACAACAAUGAUGGAUAAAAGAACGACAGUAACAAUGAUGGCUGAGGGAACAACAACAACAACGGUUGAUCAUGGAGCGACUGCAAUAUCUACAGAAAAAGAAACAACCACUGCUGAACGUGACAUGACAACAACAAUGAUGGAACAGGAAAUUACUACAACCAAUGUAACAAUUCCGUAGAGACAGGAAGUGAACUUACUAUGAGUGAAGGAUUCCCUCUAAAUUAAAUGAACGUAUUGCAGAGUCUAGGUGACUGUAAAUGAAGGAAGCAAGACUUUGAACAAUAUUGUCAAAGGAUGUGUAAAACAUAGUAAUAAUAUAUAAUGAUAGAACAAUAAUAUUGAUUUUUGAUUUAAGAUUAGAAAUUAAAAAUGUACAGGGAAAGUAUGAAAGUAAUAGAUUUAUGUAUUCAAAUAUUAAUUAUUGCGGUAAUUCAUUAUAUUUACCUUGUAAUUUGGUAAGGCAGACGGGCGUUUCGUAUACAGAAGACUCACCAGUGGCGCUCGAAUCAAAACAGUUGGCAGGACAAAUCAAACAAGAAGUUGAAGAGCAUAAAAAACCGAAUAUUCAGAAAAUUUGUAACAAAUAAACUAGUUUUUUUAUUAUCAUUAGUUAUUAUCAUUAUCAUUAUUUUUGUUGUUGUAACGAUAAGAGCAUUGUUUUACAUUUUGAAUUAUCAUAUUUAACUUAAAAUUUUACGUAAAUUACGUGAACAACUCUUAUUAAAUUAAUACAAGUCACAACACGAAAACGUUAAUCCAAAUCUCCAUCAAAAUGAAACACAUGUCAUAUUAAAUAGAUCUUUUUUGUAAUCUUUCGCCUGAACUGUUCUAAUUUUUCCUAGAAAUUGACAUGUUUUAUUUAUAUUCUGUAGAAUACAAUAUUUUUUAUUGGUUUUUUAAAAGUGUAGUUGUAAUGAUAUUAUACAGAAAACUAAUUUUUAGUAUAUUUAUAUAUUUUUUAUAUUAUUACAGCUGAAUAAAAUGCAUCUUAAAUAAACAUAUUAGAGGCAUUGA